CUGUGAGGCGUCACACGCUCAGCUGUCCGGCCACUGUUGACAGUAAUGGAAGGUAGAGUAACCAGAGGCAGUGGGAGAAGAGGUGGCCGCGGUGGAAACGACGGCAACAGUUUUGGCGAUGAACGCCGAGGGAGAGGAGGCCACCACCGCGAGCGGGGUAAACGAGAACAUCAUCGCGGCCGUGGACGCGGAGGAGGCGCCCAUGCUGCUGAAUCCCAUCAGCGGGACCAAGAUGAAGGGGACAGUUAUCAGGAGGACGAUAAUAGCACACAGGUGUUCUCCAGGAGAAAGCUGGAGUCAAACUGGGACCGGUACGAGGAGUCGGAGAGGCCAGAGCCGGAUGAUGACACGCCUACUCAGAGAGGAACAGACUUUCAUGUUUUGCUGGCCUCAGCAGGGGAUUCGUUCACGCAUUUCCGGUUUGCAGAAGAAAAAGAAUGGGAGAUGGACCAGCUUGAUAUCAGUCAGAUGGCAGGGAUUGUUUUGGACCUCCCAGCUCUUACCCAGAUUCUUCAAGAAGUGCCUUUGCAUCAGAAGCUCGACCUGGAGCCCGAGCUGAUUCAGGUCUCAGCACCAGUAGAGCUGCCCAGUAUGACUCUAGCACCUAAACAGGAAGUGCCAAAAAUGUCCAAAUUCACACCUCCAUCCACAGCUUCAAAAAGCCUCAGCAUCAGCCAGAAAGUCCCCGUGGAUGCAAACCCAGUGGGGGGCUCAGGCUCACAGCUUUCUUCCUCGGCUGCUGCUACUGAGACUCUGGUGGAUGAUGCUGACGAAGAGCUGGACAAGCUGCUCAACUUACAGAAACCAGCGUCAGGUGAUGUAGGAAACGAGCCUGUCAGUGGUGCAGAAAUGGAGAGUGCUGUUACAGAGAAGGAAUGUGAGGAAGUGAAAGACGUGACAGCAAAGCCAAUGGAGGUGGUGAAGGACAAAGACAUCGCACCUCCACAGUCUGCGCCCAGCAAACAGGAAAUGACUGAGGAAGACCUGGAGGACUGGCUCGACAGCAUGAUCUCCUGACCCUCAGGGAACGUGGUUAUGGCAGUUCAAUCGCUUCAACUUCCAUCCUUUGAAAAAUUACGUCCACCUGGAAGUUUGAUGCUAAAGUUUGAUGCUUCCUCGUUUCACAUGGACCUGCCCCCCCCCUGUGCUGUAAGAGAGGCAAUAUGUUUUGUUUUGGAGGUGUAGAGGUUGGGACAGUACAUCUCGAACAUUUGUGAGUGUAUGUCAAAACGUUCCUGGAGCACACCCUGUUUCAGAGAGAAUUCUCUGUUCCCUGUGAAAGUUUGACUCUGGAGUGUUUUGCUUCAGAGGAUUGGUGACAGACGGGUAGUGAAAGAGGUCACAGACGACAAGUUUGGUUCACUGCGUCACUUACUUUAUUCAUUUCCUCCCCCUCAUCAAAAAAGAAAUGCAGUUUACCAAAGCUACUACAUACAUAUAAAUGGCCAGACAAGAGCGGGUAACCAGUUUGUCGUCAAUAAAUUCCCGAACCAAGUUUUGCUGUUUAAUUGUCCGUUUGUUGUGGGGUUCCUCUACUGUAGAAACAAGUGCAGGUGGGAAGGACACCACAGUUCAGGAACAAAACCAAACUAAGCAACAUUUACACAAGAAUCAUCUAGAUAUUAUACAACAAAUAUUUCUUUUUCUUUCUUUCUUUUUUUUUUAAAUGUAAAAGCCCAAAACUAGCUUUACCUAAAUUUGCUUAUAGCUAAUCCAGAACAGAGCACUGCUUGUGUUAGGAGGGGCAAAAAUGAUAUUUUUUUCUCUUUUGCAUAGUUUUUUUUUUCAUAAGGCACAUCGGCACUUGAUAAACACCUAAAGUGAGAGUUGUGUCUGGUCCUGGAAGAACCAUCUUCAUGUCAUCAGACAGGUUUGAACCAGCUUUGAAAGGCAAAUCAGGUCUCACUCAUUGGAUGUUAACUAGAUCAUUACUAGCAGCACACAUCCAUUCACUUGUGGUUUGGGUAGGAAGUGACAGUAACAUCCUGGCGCUAAUCUAGAAAUUGUGCAUAUUCCGACAUUCAGUUGUCAUGCUGUAACCCUUCACAAUUAUCAGAUGUCUACAAACAACAAAUUGUGCAGCAGGUUGGGGUUAAGCAAGUGAAAAAAGGCAAUGUGAAUCAGAAUUAAAAGAAUUAUUUGCAUAAAAGAGGCGUAGUGGCAGGAGGCUAUUUCAGUAACAACGAAGAACACGCAAACCCGAAAUGUCCAAUCGUCAGUUGUAAAUCUUAGAGUCGUUAUGUUUUGCGUUUGUGUCAGAAUUCAGAUUUUUUUUUUUCCUCUUUACAUUUUUCGACACUAUGACAGUGUGUGUUCUGGUAACAGGGUGAAGUCAAGUUCAAUGUCUUUUUUCCAGGUAGAAGCAAAGUGGAGAUUGGGGUUCAGAGCAGCAGACGAGGCGGCCCGCUCUAACCCAGCUGGUCCUCAUAUUGCUUACGGAAGCAGUCUCCAGUGGGGAAGAAGUCCCAGCAUCUCUCCUGGUACAUCUUCCACACGUAUGACUCCUGAAAAGGGAAGGGAAUGAUUUAAAGGGGCCACGACUGCACAUAGUUUUGGUUAUACUCAUUCACAGUUAACUGUUUCGAGUAAUAUGGCGAGAUCUCUUUGUACUGUUCAGUCUUGCUGACCUCAGUCCUCAGAAAACUGUUAGGGCCAGAUUUACCUACAAUCUGCGUCAUCACAAAAACCUCCUUUGGCUUUAAGAAGCUACUGUCGUGCUU